AUGCAGAAGUUUGUAGCCCCCUUCCUUUGCCAGCUCUUCGCGCUCCUCGCCCAGGGAGAGAAGCAUCCGCAGCCGCAGGCGGUCGGGAACUGGACGCUUUCCAACGCGGCCCGCACGCGGUCCGCGGGCAACGAGACCUGCGACUGGAAAUUCGUGCUGUCGCAAUCGGAGGCGCCUCCCGACACGUCUCCAACGGUAUGUCGGUUCACUGUGGACGCGGACAACGGGCACAACUGCGACACGGUGACCUUCUCCGGCAUAGCUUGCAGGGGGACCGAGCGGUACAGUGUCAACGGCGGACACGCGCCCGAGGGGUGGAUAGUCAUGGUGUUGCUGGAUAUCGAAGAGAAUAUCGAAGCGUAUUUCGGCUUCGACGACAAAGCUUUGAAUGCCGGCGCCCAUAUCCCCGAGCAGAUCAUGGCUGCGUACCCGCCGACGACCUAUAACAAGCCUCGCGCCCGAGGUCUUGGCGAAAAGCCCCUAUUAGCGCGGGAUAAUGGUACCACAUGGACUGUUGAGAAUAUGUAUCGAGCUGUAACACCUUCCGAGAAUCGUAUUUUCAUUGACAUGCUUAUCUUGGACGGUUCCCCCGAGGGGAUAGUCUGCCAACUCGCGCUGCAGGCCCCUGAAGACACUGAUGCCAAGACCUGGGGCUUCUCAAACGCCCAUUGUAUUGGCAAUGACUGGAUAGUUCAUUGGGGAUAUACGCCUGACCAUGAUGCUGGCAUAAUGACACUCGUUCCGUAA